CUCAGACGUGGAGUUUAGUAGCACAGACGGCUGCAGGCCCCCCCACACACACACAAAAAAAGCCAAGCAGGAAUACCAGUGCACAGAAGAAGAGAUCUCCGCCUGGACGUGCUCGCCUGUGGGAAGUGAGGAACCCUUUCACAACUCCUCCUCCUCCGCCUCUUUCUGCCCCCCGAAAGAAAAAAAAGAAAAAUGGGUGAUCUGCCGGAGGACGGCUCGUUCAUGUUCACGUCGGAGUCUGUGGGAGAGGGACAUCCAGACAAGAUUUGCGACCAGAUCAGCGACGCCGUCCUGGACGCGCACCUCAAGCAGGACCCCGAUGCCAAAGUGGCGUGUGAGACGGUGUGUAAGACGGGCAUGGUGCUGCUCUGUGGAGAGAUCACGUCCCGGGCCAACGUGGACUACCAGACGGUGGUGAGGGACGCCAUCAAACACAUCGGCUACGACAACUCAGAUAAAGGUUUCGACUACAAGACGUGUAACGUUCUGGUGGCUCUGGAGCAGCAGAGCCCAGACAUCGCUCAGGGGGUCCAUGUGGAUCGCAGAGAGGAGGACAUUGGUGCUGGAGACCAGGGUCUGAUGUUCGGCUACGCCACCGACGAGACAGAGGAGUGCAUGCCUCUCACCAUCGUCUUAGCCCACAAACUCAACUCAAAGAUGGCAGAGCUCAGACGCAACGGGACCAUCCCUUGGCUGCGCCCAGACUCCAAAACCCAGGUGACGGUGCAUUACGACCAGAAAGACGGCGCCGUGAUCCCCAGGAGGGUCCACACCAUCGUCAUCUCCGUGCAACACGACGACUACAUCUCUCUGGAAGAGCAGAAGAAGGUCCUCAAGGAGAAGGUGAUCAACGCUGUGGUGCCCGCCAAGUACUUGGACGACAAGACCAUCUACCACCUGCAACCCAGCGGCCGCUUCGUCAUCGGAGGACCUCAGGGAGACGCCGGCGUCACGGGCCGUAAGAUCAUCGUGGACACGUACGGAGGCUGGGGCGCUCACGGGGGCGGAGCUUUCUCAGGCAAAGACUUCUCCAAAGUGGACCGUUCGGCCGCUUACGCCGCUCGCUGGGUGGCCAAGUCUCUGGUCAAGGCCAAGCUGUGCAGGAGGGUUCUGGUCCAGGUGUCCUACGCCAUCGGGGUGGCUCAUCCUCUGUCCAUCUCGUUGUUCACCUACGGCUCGUCCAAUAAAACGGAGUCAGAGCUGCUCCACAUCGUCAACAAGAACUUUGACCUGAGGCCAGGAGUCAUUGUCAGGGAACUGCAGCUGAAGAGGCCCAUCUACCAGCAGACGGCCACCUACGGCCACUUCGGUCGGGCAGAGUUUAGUUGGGAGAUUCCCAAAAAGCUCAUUGUGUAAAAUAAACACAAGCUACAAAGAAAUCAACCAACCAAAGUUGUCCGGGGCUGAGAGAGAAGGCGAGGAAACGUAAUGUGAAGAACAUCUCAUGGGAACAAGAAGAGCAAACAUUGCCGGGACUUCCAUCUUAUCUUCCAUCCUAUUCAAUUGUCGCUUGCUGCUUUUUCCUUUUUCCUCCCGUUUCAAAUAAAUGUCCAAUCACAAAUCUCCACCACCUCAAGGAAUGUUUCGAUCCCCGAUUCCCGCUAAACCAAAGCCGCGUCACCACUCUGCUCAACAAACAGGUCAACAAAACACGGGGAGUUGGGGGGGGGGCGUCCAGUGUCACACGCGUGUUACAGUCACGUAAAAUGUCCACGAGCCAUGUGUCUUCACUUUUGCUGCCUUAUUUUCCUAACUACUGCUUGCCGAGUGCCUUAAUACGUCUUCUCUUUGUCUGUAGCGCACUUCUCCGCCCCUCCCAUCUCCUCUUCACGUCAUACAGGCUGCUUUCUGUGUCGUGGUCCUUUGCCUUCGAAGCAAACGCACAAAUACAAGUUCAUUUGAAGAGCCAAAGCGCGUUUUAGCGGGCAUUACGACUUUUUCCAAUGUCUUAAUUACACAGAAAGCAGUGAAUUAAUUCCUCGGUGCUGAGCCUUCAUCAACAGCGAGUGUUGUUGUUUUUAAGAAUAUUCCUUGACGAGGUGUGUUGAUCCGUGUCCUUUAUGCUGUCAUCUUGUGUUGGCAAAUAAGUGGACAGUGUAAAUAAUUAAACACAGGAAAUUAAAGAUAUCAAUUGAA